AUGCCCUGCCAGCCCUACUGCCGAUCGAUUGCGCUCUUACAACCGUUGAGUGUUAGGGCGGCGGCGAGGGCGGCGGAGAGGGCGGCGGCGGAGAAGGAGGCGGCGCGGCACGCCGAGGAGCUGCUGGCGGAGGUCGAGGCGGAGAAGCGCGCCAAGGGCAAGAAGGGCAAGAAGAAGAAGAAGAAGGGCGGCGGGAGUGGCAGCGCUGGGCCGUCGCAGGAGAAAGAGGCCCCGGAGGCAGCCGCAGCCAAGCCCGCGCCGUUGGACAGGGAGGGGCUGCUCCGGCUUCUCGCGGAGCUCCACGAGGACAGGAUCCGGUUCGGCAUCACGCCGGAGACGUCGGUCGAGGGGCUGGCGGAGGCGCUGGGAGAGGCGGCGGGCGAGGCGAGCGAGGAGGAGGGCGACGAGGAGACGGCGGAGGCGGCCGAGGAGGAGGGCGAGGUGGAGGGCGAGGAGGAGGAGGGCGAGGAGGAGGGCGAGGAGGCGGCAGCGGAGGCGGCAGCGGAGGCGCGCCGGCAGGCUGAGGCGGAGGCUGCGGCCGUGGCAGCGGCAGAGGAGGAGGAGGCUGCCGCAGCGGAGGAGGAGGCGGCAGUAGCGGCGGCCGAGGCGGCAGUAGCGGCGGCAGAGGCGGCGCUCGCCGCAGCGAAGGCAAGGCGCGCGUCAGAGACAUUGCUCUACAGCGCUCCAGAGCGCUCUACAUCUCUACAGCUCUACAGCGCUCUACACUCUACAUCCUCUACACCCUCCCUCAGCAAGGGACACGACAGGCUCGCAGCGCGGGCGGCGGCGGAGAAGGAGGCGGCGCGGCACGCCGAGGAGCUGCUGGCGGAGGUCGAGGCGGAGAAGCGCGCCAAGGGCAAGAAGGGCAAGAAGAAGAAGAAGAAGGGCGGCGGGAGUGGCAGCGCUGGGCCGUCGCAGGAGAAAGAGGCGCCGGCGGAGGCGGCGGCGACAGCCAAGCCCGCGCCGUUGGACAGGGAGGGGCUGCUCCGGCUUCUCGCGGAGCUCCACGAGGACAGGAUCCGGUUCGGCAUCACGGCGGAGACGUCGGUCGAGGGGUUGGCGGAGGCGCUGGGAGAGGCGGCGGGCGAGGCGAGCGAGGAGGAGGGCGACGAGGAGACGGCGGAGGCGGCCGAGGAGGAGGGCGAGGAGGAGGGCGAGGAGGAGGGCGAGGAGGAGGGCGAGGAGGCGGAAGCGGAGGCGGCAGCGGAGGCGCGCCGGCAGGCUGAGGCGGAGGCUGCGGCCGUAGCAGCGGCAGAGGAGGAGGAGGCUGCCGCAGCGGAGGAGGAGGCGGCAGUAGCGGCGGCCGAGGCGGCAGUAGCGGCGGCAGAGGCGGCGCUCGCCGCAGCGAAGGCAAGGCGCGCGUCAGGUGCCGCUGCGAGGGCCAGGGCGCGGGAGGCGGCCUAG